CUAAUCUGUAUUUCGUAACGUGCGUAAUGGAAGGACACGGCUGCCGGGAUUUCCCUGACUGACGCUCUGCUGCGCUUUUAUUCAAAAGAGAAGAGGAACAAAAUCACCCAACGAAGGAAUUAAACACGGGCGAAGCUGCUGCCGAGGAAGCUGCGUGAAAGUUGACCACAGUCGUCUUUUCUGUGCGGACACUACAGCUGAGAGUUUACGGGAAAGACCACGUCCGGACUCGGAGACCCCAACACACACGCAUUCAAAGACAGGGAACCACUGAGGGGAGAAAAACAAUAUGCUGAUCAUCGCAUUUUAGUGGAAGUUUCUGUAUACCUGACAAAACCACAUGGAUCUCAAACACUUAUCUACACGCAGACUGGAUAACGAAAAAAAUGUGCUCGUCUUGUUUUGAUGGCGAUGGUGUUUUUGCACUGUUCUGGCUUCCCAGUAUCAUCGAAGACGCCAGGCGCGGCCAAGUUUCAAUACAAACCUCAAUUUAGAAGGCUCCCACGCAGACUUCGGGAUAGAUAAGAGCAACAACAAGCAAACCUGUGUAUCUGUCGUCAUCAUCUUCCUACAUGCAGCUCCCUGCUUGGCUUUAUUGAAGAGGAGGAGCCCAUUAAAGCAUUUGAGAGAUAGCGGGGUUUGGUCUGAAGGUGUUGUUGGCGGCUGGCUGCUGGUUGGAGAUGAGAUAAGAGCGCUGGGAAGAGAGGAAUUAAGUGACUGUCUGACGGGAGCUGAAUAUAAAUCAGGACUCAUCUCUCCUGCAGCUCGGCCAGCGAGGCAAGAGAGAGGAGCGAAAGGGACAAAUUGGUAGGUUUGGUUACGUGAACAUUAGUGUAAACUGUCGCUAAAGGUUGGGGUGACUUCACAUUGCAAUGCACAAGAUGGAAAUUUAGGGGAAAGGUUGUGUUAACUACUUAAAGCAGGAUAAAAGAGAACUUCUACAGCCGAAACUAGCAGUGCCACACCGGACUACCUCAGCGCCAUGUCUGAACUGAUCUGUGCGCAGUUUCAGAUAAUACGUAUGAGGCUUUACCAAACCUUCUAGAAACAAGGUUUUAACAGGAGCAUAGGUGAGAUGGAGCUGAAUAACAGCUCCCUGGACUACUUCACCAGCAACUUCACAGAGAUCCCCAACGCCACCAGCACUCCGCCCUGGAGCGAGGCCACGCUGCUCGGCCUGCAGGUCUCCCUCUCUGCGCUGCUCGCUCUCGUCACCUUGGCCACCGUGCUUUCGAACGCCUUCGUCAUCGCCACCAUCUUCCUGACAAGGAAGCUCCACACGCCCGCCAACUUCCUGAUCGGCUCCCUGGCCGUCACCGACAUGCUGGUGUCUAUUUUAGUCAUGCCGAUCAGCAUCGUCUACACUGUGAGCAAGACGUGGUCGCUGGGGCAGAUUGUGUGUGACAUCUGGCUGUCGUCCGACAUCACCUUCUGCACGGCCUCCAUUUUGCACUUGUGUGUGAUCGCGCUUGAUCGCUACUGGGCCAUCACGGACGCUCUGGAGUACACGAAACGUCGAACCAUGCGGCGGGCGGCCGUCAUGGUCGGGGUGGUGUGGGUGAUCUCCAUAUCAAUUUCCAUGCCUCCACUCUUCUGGCGGCAGUCCAAAGCCCACGAGGAGCUGACGGAGUGCAUGGUGAAUACAGAUCAGAUCUCCUAUACCCUAUACUCCACCUUUGGAGCCUUCUACGUUCCCACAGUGCUUCUCAUAAUACUGUACGGACGGAUCUAUGUUGCCGCCCGCUCCCGCAUCUUCAAAACGCCAUCGUCCUCUGGGAAGCGCUUCACCACAGCGCAGCUCAUCCAGACCUCUGCGGGCUCCUCUCUCUGUUCUCUUAAUUCGGCCUCCAACCAGGAAUCACACCUACACUCCGACAGCGCGGGAGGGGGCGGAGGAGGAGGAGGAGGAGGGUCGCCUCUGUUCAUGAACAUGGUGAAAGUGAAGCUGGCAGACAGCGUGGUGGAGAGGAAGCGUCUGUGCGCGGCGCGGGAGAGGAAAGCAACCAAAACUCUGGGCAUCAUCCUGGGCGCGUUCAUCGUCUGCUGGCUGCCGUUCUUCAUCGGCACACUGGUCACGGCCAUAUGUAAAGACUGCUGGUUCGACCCGGUGCUUUUUGAUAUAUUCACCUGGCUGGGAUAUCUGAACUCCCUCAUCAACCCUGUGAUCUACACCGUCUUCAACGACGAGUUCAAACAGGCUUUUCAAAAACUCAUGAAAUUUAGACGGUGCUCCUGAAAAACCUUUACGCCGGAUUAGAACUGACCUCUCAAGGAAAACCGGGACACAAAGACAAAUCAGAUCAUGGAUAAUGAUAAUAAUGAAAGUACUGUGCACCUAAAUGUCCCAUCGUGUGAACACAUUCUACGUGUAAGAUGUUCUUUAUUUUGUAGAAACAGUUCCAUGCCAUAGCUCUUAACAGUAUAUCCAUCAUAUAGAUUUAUGCAUGCAUGCUUAAAUAGAUACAAAUCUUUAUUCCCGAGGAUUAUGGGACUCUGCUUCAAGAGAUAAAAGAAAGAGAUUUCAAGUUUAUUUCGUGUCACAGGCACGAUGCUGAUAUUUCUUGAACUAAAGCUAAGAUUUAAAACAACUAAAGACGAAUGAUGUAAGUGUAUGUAAAGAGUGAACUCAGAGGGACUGGAUUUAAUCCAGCGGAAAUGAAAAGCCAUGAGAUCUACAUGUAUGUUGUCUUAAUCUCUGUGUGUGUACAAUACUGAUCCCAUAAAAUGUUCCAGUAAAG